UUUCCCCCAACUUUUUUGAACUGAAGUACGUGGGCUUCAUUCAAAUAUGGGUCAAAUCUUUAUUGGGCUACAGUGGUACCUUUGCAAUCCAAAUGCUUAAUUCCUAAAAUGUAAAAUUGAUUGAAAGAAAAAAAAAAAAUGAAAUAAAAAAGGACGACUUCUGCUGACCCUUCGGUAUGCACGGUGAAGAGCUUAGCACAAAACCAGAAAUGGAUUGGCUGUUGUCCAUGCCAAAGGUUGAAUUACAUGCCCACCUCAAUGGCUCUAUCAGAAACUCUACUCUUCUGGAACUUGCUAGAGUUUUGGGUGACAAGGGCGUAGUUGUUUUCUCAGAUGUAGAACAUGUUAUCCUGAAGAAUGACCGUUCUUUGGUUGAAGUGUUCAAGUUGUUUGACUUGAUUCACAUUCUUACCACCGAUCAUGAUACUGUUACAAGGAUCACAAAAGAAGUAGUAGAAGAUUUUGCUUCUGAGAAUGUUGUGUAUUUGGAGUUAAGAACAACUCCAAAGAAAAAUGAUUCUAAAGGAAUGAGCAAAUGCUCUUACAUGGAGGCAGUGAUCAAAGGUCUAAGGGCUGUUACUGCAGUUGAGGUGGAUUUUUCUCCUAAUAGUUUGGAUAAUAGAGCUUCCAUGAAUUCAAUUUCUGUGAAUGAUGCUUGUUGCAAAAGUACAAGGAGAAAGAUAUAUGUUAGACUUCUUCUCAGCAUUGACCGCCGUGAGACCACAGAAGCUGCAAUGGAAACUGUUAAGCUUGCCCUGGAAAUGAGACAUUUAGGUGUAGUUGGCAUUGACCUUUCUGGAAAUCCUGUUGUGGGUGAAUGGAUUACAUUUUUGCCAGCAUUAAAAUUUGCCCAGGAGCAAGGUCUCUAUAUAACACUUCACUGUGGAGAGGUUCCAAAUCGCAAGGAGGAGAUCCAAAUGAUGCUCGACUUUCUCCCCCAUAGAAUUGGUCAUGCAUGCUGCUUCAGAGAGGAAGAGUGGAGAAAGCUAAAAUCCUCUAAAAUCCCGGUUGAGAUUUGUUUGACAUCCAACAUCAUGACUCAAUCAGUUCCUUCCCUAGAUAUUCAUCAUUUUGUUGAUUUGUAUAAUGCAAACCAUCCUAUAGUCCUAUGCACUGAUGAUUCUGGCGUUUUCUCCACUAGCGUUUCAAAAGAGUAUAGUCUUGCUUCGUCUGCGUUCAGUCUCGGAAAGAUGGAAAUGUUUCAGCUAGCACGAAACGGGCUGGAGUACAUUUUUGCUGAUGCUACAGUGAAGCAAGACCUGAUAAAGAUUUUUAAUUCAGCUGCUAAUGAGCUAGAUUUGUGAUUAGGCAGCGUGCGUACCUCUAUAUUGCUAUUCCAGAUAAAAACAUUGUUUCGCCUAUAUAGAGCUUCGAGAUUCAUUUUUUGUGGCUUGAAACCUUUUGGUUAAGUUAUUUGAUUUUGCAGACUGCAUAGUGCAUCUCUAAUGCAACUUUUAAUAUAUAUUAGACUUUUUAUUUUAAA